AUGCAGCUACCACAAUCACGUCCUGGUCAAGUAGUCUUUGAUGGAGAGCAAGCCAUGAUAGCGUUACGACGAGUGUUGCCUUACACAGGAUACACCGAUGAUCAUUGUGCCACCGUAGCUGAUGCACUGAUGCAAUGCAAACCGACACCACUCUUUUCAAUGAUUCAUCACGGUCAUGGAAGCAUUCCUUUCGACCACAAUCAAUCGUUCAUUGGCUCCUCACAAAUCAAGUAUCGCUUACGGCAUGAUUCCACAAUCACCAGCCCAUUGGCAUCUGGCAUAUUGAGUAGCUUGCUGCCAUGCUAUGUGCCUGGAUGCACCCUUGGUUCGCUCAGCUGCUAUUCCCCACGUUGUCCAAAUAGGCCUUCCAACAUCCUGAAAGAACUUAUGCUCAUGCCACCAAUAGCUUUUUCUGAUCGCCCACUUUCAGUAUUUGAUGAUGGUAGCCAGAUUGAAAGCAGGAGUAGCGUUGAUGUUGAAAUUAUCGAUUAUCCUCAAGUGAAUGAGCAAGCACGCCAAGAUGCAAUCCUCGCCUUUAUCCAAUGUGAACGAACGCAUCGCAAGAUAAUGGAUUGGUUACACCAUGAUAUUGUGGAGACGAUUCGCUCAUCUGAUGAUGUUAUCCUUGGUGGCCGGCGUGACGCUUUUAUCGGCUAUGUCUUUUACAACUAUAAGGAUCUUCGUUCUCAAAGUCGACAUUUUUACUCUGAUCUUUAUUGGCGAUGGACACAUUAUCACACAAAGCAGCAAAAGCCCGUUCCUAUGAUAGCGGAUAUCAUGUUGAAUCACCUCACUUUGCUUGAAUCACAUAUCAAGGAAUACAUCCCACGCAUCCCUAUUGCCAGGAACAUUAUGGAUCACGAGUUACAAUGCAAUGAGAAAUUGACUACCCUCCUCACCUACUUGGAAACCAGCGAUAUGGCAAGACGAAUGAUGCCUCGAAGGAACAACAUCGAUGUCACGUGCACCAACAUUGUGCUUGAAUGCUUGUCCCAUCCUCAACGGCAACUCUUGUUAUACUCAGAGCACAUUCAGCGACUACAACAAGUGACCAGCCCAGCCCACCCUGAUUAUGCGUUCCUCAACCUAUGCGCCCAGAUCGUUAACCGGAUUGAACAUGAGUCGAUGCAAGCUAUGAAGGAAACCAUUGAGCGAGUGUCUGUAUUAUGGCUACAUGAUUCGUUGGUGUGUACAGAACCUGGCGAAUUUUAUGAUCUACAAUUGACAAAUCCAGAACGGCGCAUACUGUGGGAAAGCAAAUUGUUACCAUCUGCAUCAUCAACAGGGACAAGCAGCAAGAGACCCAUCCACAUUUACAUACUUGAUCAUGUGGUGCUCAUCACAAAGUGUGGUAUAGGUGAUAAUGCCACUUUACAUGAGAUAUGCGGACAACCCAUUCCACUGCCAAUGUUGCAAGUGAUUGAUUCAACACCCACUAAACGCCAUGGAUUGUUCCGUAUGCACAAUCAUCACAACAACCACACGUCGACAUUGACAUUUGUCCACACUGCUCGCGGCGAUGAGUGGUCUUUUGCUUGUGAAAAGCAUGUAAAGGAUCGAUGCCUGCAGGCUGUUCAUGACGCACAAAAGAUAUGGAAAAGGAAAAGACAUCUAAUUCAUCUUCGGCCAAUUGAUAUUUCAUCGUUUCGGAUAUCACAACCUGAAGAUAGCAAUGGCUAUGAUAAAGUACAUUGCACGGUGCCAGUUGGAGAUCGUAUCUUGAUCGGCACGGAUACUGGUGUCUACAUGAAGGCAUUAGAGGAUACCCAUGUCAAUUUGCUAUUCUCAAGCGAUUCCCCUAUCGAGCAAUUGAAUGUCCUUUAUUCAGCCAACAUGCUUAUUGUGAGAACGGCUGGAAUGCAACCGAGUGAUGAAUUACGUGAUCGUUCGUAUCGUAGCCGAUUUACUCUCUUUAGCCCUCCUUCAUUUGGAUACCAUUCUCCGAUGAAAAGCAUGUUUCAGCCUUGCCCCAAUAUUCAGGAUAUGGAUGCUACCGGUGUUAGGCAUGUUGGAUUUGUGGAUGAGCGUCUUUUGCUUGUAUGCGAUCAUGAUUUUGUGGUUAUCGAUAUACACACUGGGAUGGGUCAGCGUUUUCCAAUGCAACGUGAACCUGGUAAACCUCUAGCCAUGUGGUAUUUGAGUGACACACGAAUCCUCCUCUGCUAUGAUCAUGGCGCUUUCUUUGUCAACGAAAAUGGCGAUGACUUUACAAGUUUGACCAACAACAGCAGUAGACAGUUAUUAUUCAAAUGGGAAUCCAGGCCUGAGCAUGUGGUGCGUUUUCAUGAUUACAUUGUUGGGUUUUCGACAUCAUUCAUUGAGAUACGCGAAAUAUUUACGGGAGAUUUGGUACAAGUUGAAGCAGCAAGUAGAUGUAAACUCACUUUCCAUGAUGGCUCAACAAUUCAAGCUUGCACUAUUAGCAACAAGUAUCCUGAUCGACAGUUUUUAUUUCAGCUAGAGCUUAUACGAGAAAAUUAA